CAGUGUGAGCUCUCGUUGACGCGAGUAUCUGCGAUGGGUUCCAAAGAUACCAGGGGUUUGUUCGUUUUGCUGACGAUCGCUACGCUUGUCUUCUCGGCAGAGUGUGGAAGCGAGAAUAGGGCUCCAAAAUACAUGCUCACUCUUCCUCCGCCGAGAAACUUGGUCGUGACGCUUGUCGAUGAGACAACGAUCACCUUACAAUGGGAUGCGCCGCUGCGGUCACCCCAGGAUCUCAAGAUCGAUGGCUAUGCGAUCGCCUACAAUUGCAGCGAUGAAGCCACUGCUGGCAGGAAACAGAUGCUCGUGUCGUGGCGACUCGUUGAGGAACAAGUCGAACGGACCCACACGAUACGAAACCUGCGUCCUUCGACGGAGUACGAAAUUUAUUUGUGUGCUUACGGCACUCACAAUGGAGUAUUAGCUCUCUCGACAACAACCAGCGUCAGUGUCUACACAGGACCGCUGCUGAAGUCCUUGGGUUACCUGUUUCCCGUGGCAGCGAUGCUCGUCAUCAUUGUGGUCGGAACCGUGGUUUACAUUCGAAUCCGCGAGAAAAGCGAAAAUCCCAUUUUAGUGAUGUAGAGGAAUAAAACAGGAGCUGUCACACGUA